CUGUGAGAGGUGACAUCACCCUCCCAGCAGGCCUCACAGGAACAGGACACCAACCGGGAUGCAGCGAGCUUUGUUCCGCCGGAGCGCGUUGCUCGCUCACCGGACUGCAGCUGCUCUCGACGGCCCGCUGGCUGCGAGGUGCGCGCCGCUGCUGCUGCGUCUGGACCGCUCCAUGUCCUCAGUCACCAUCCCGCCGCCCGCGUGCAUGCUCCGACCGCUAGAAGUGCCCUUCCGUUAUCUGUUCGGACCGGGACCAUCAAAUGUUCCACCGCGUGUUUUAGCUUCUGGAUCUAGGCCGAUCAUUGGCCACUUGCAUCCAGAAAUGUAUCAGAUAAUGAACGACAUCAAAAAGGGGAUCCAGUACGCCUUUCAGACAAAAAACAACAUGACCAUAGCUAUGAGCGGCUCCGGACACGCAGCCAUGGAGUGCGCGGUGUUCAACACGGUGGAACCCAGAGAGAGCGUCCUCAUCUCCAUCAACGGCAUCUGGGGAGAGCGUGUGGCUGAAAUUGCAGAGAGAAUGGGUGCCAAUGUACAUAGAUUGGAGAAAGCACCCGGAGGAUAUUUUACCAACAAAGAAAUUGAACAGGCUAUAGAAAAACACAAACCGGUCUUGUUUUUCCUUGCACACGGCGAGUCUUCAGCAGGUCUCUGUCACCCUGUGGAUGGCAUCGGAGACAUCUGCCGAAAACACAACUGCCUCUUCCUGGUUGACACAGUUGCCUCACUUGGAGCAGCACCCAUUUUUAUGGACGAACAAAAAAUCGACAUCCUGUACACUGGUUCUCAAAAGGCUCUGAAUGCACCUCCAGGCACAGCACCCAUCUCUUUCAGUGACAGAGCAUGUCACAAGAUGUUCAACAGGAAAACAAAACCAGUAUCAUACCUCUUUGAUAUGACUCACUUGUCCAAUUACUGGGGCUGUGAUGGGCAAGCGGUCAGAGGAUAUCAUCAUACUGGUCCUGUAUCUGGAUUCUUUGCACUGAGAGAGAGCCUAGCAAUUCUUGCUGAGAAGGGGCUGGAGGAGUCCUGGAAGAAACACAAAGAGGUGGCAGCCUACCUUUACAGAGGGCUGGAAGAUCUGGGCCUCAAGCUCUUCAUCCCUGAAAGGGACUUGAGACUUCCCUCCGUCACCACCAUAUUCAUUCCUGAAGGCUACGACUGGAGGGAGAUGCUAACCUACAUCAUGAAACACCACCAGAUGGAGAUGACAGGAGGACUGGGCCCUUCCAUCGGCAUGGUGAUGAGGAUCGGCUUAAUGGGAUAUAACUGUGAGAAGACCAACGCUGAUAUGGCACUGCACGCCCUGGAUGAUGCUCUCAAAAACUGUAAAAAGAGCAAGGCCUAAGAGCUCAUAUCCCGACUCAGAUCCAUUAUUCAUUAUAAAAAAGUGUACAUUAAGAAUAAUGGUUCUUCCACGUGGAAAACAGUGGAACUGUGCAUGCAAUCUUGGAUCCCUGGCCUUUUUUUACUGCAGGGGUUUUGGAAGGCCUUUGUUCUUGUGAAGCUGCAGAUGUUGACAUGCUGAGUGUAAUAAAAAAUGUCAAUAAAGUUUUCCUUAAUUUAU